CAUAAACAAACAUUAAAAUGUCAAAAUAUUGAAAUUACAAAAUAAUAUUGAACAACGUUAUUUGCAUCUAGGGAAACGCGGUUUGAAAUAGCAUACAUUUUACAGUAAGCUUCAGAAUAAUGCAAUCAUGGCGUCCCAACUAGGUUUGCCGAAAUCCGUGGGAUUUAACGAAAGGGCAAAAAGGACAUUUAAGCAUAAGUUACCACCGUUCACAGGACCUUAUCUGUUAGCAAAGGAUAACUCACUGGACAGUGAAGAGGGUCUAGUUGCGACAACUAAAGGUUUAAAGGAUGACCCGAAAUCACCGAAGAAAGAAGUUGAUCGUUAUAAACGUUCCUCUACCUUUAUCAACUAUAUUGUGCAAAAUGUCGACAUCAGGAGAAAAUUCCCAGACGCCGAACUGAAAAGGCAGACAGCGCAGGUGGAAAUACUUGUCCAAAUGAUAUGUGGACUUCUUGGAAAAAAGGACUCCGAAUUGACAAUUAAGGAAAUCAUAAGACGAGGGAGCUUUUAUGAACUGUAUAAGAUUAUACGACCUGAUGAGUUUGAUUUCCUAUGUGUAUUGGCAAAGUCAUUUGCACGAAAGAAAAUCUCUGUUCAGCUGGAUAUUUUCGGAGGCAGUAAACUUGGUAAGUUAGGGGAACACAUGGUGUCAAGUCUGCUUAAGAAGGACCCCGACUGCAGACGGGAAAUAUUUAACAAGGAUAAAGGACUGUAUACAGUCAAAGAAGAAAAAAGUAACAAUUCUGAAAAUGAGCCGUCUGAUUCUGAAAACGAGUCGUCUGAUUCUGAAAACGAGUCGUCUGAUUCUGAUAAUGAGUCGUCUGAUUCUGAUAAUGAGAGUUCACACUCUCUGAUGCACUCCCUGAGAGCUGAGAUUAUUAAAAUCCUGCAGCAAAUGAGGGGCCUUAACUUUAUAGGGGAGAGAGAUCUUGAAUCAAAAGAUUCUACCACUCCGUAUCCUGAAGGUACAGUAGCUAUUCAUGGUGACCUACAUGGCCCUAGUGUUACAUUGCGGUACGGUGGUCCCAUAUGUACCGUCGAUGUAGAUUUAUGCUUCUGCGUUGAUACGGAACCUAAUGAGCUUGGACGAUGCGUCUUGGUUAAGAAACCAGAAAAACCCGAAUUCAAUUAUUUGAAUGAGGAAGUCAUGUUCCCCGAUUGGAUUGAAUCACAAGUAGAACAUCCCAUUAAUGCUAAAUAUACAUUGGUUGCGCCACAUGGCCAGCUAUUUUUGGCGUUGAAGUUCAUUGUUUAUUGCACUGCUCGAGCAUCUGGUAAUAAAGCAAUGUCGUCGUAUACAUUGAAAAUGAUGUUACUAGACCAUCAAAAGAGGUGUCAGACAGUUGAAGUUGGGGAAUGUUUCGAGACAUUCGUGAUCGAUACAGUCAAAUCUGUUGGGAAAGCUAAUCGUCGUAAAAACAAAUUUGAGUUGAACUUACGAUCGACUAAUAUUGACAGGCUACAUUGUUUCGACGUUUUCUAUCAUGGCAGAAAAAUGAAACCAUUUACGAAUAAUUCCGACGUCAAACCCGAGAUAUGUGUAGCAUUGGUUUGGUUUAUGCAGCAUGUACGACACAGUACAGACGAAACAUGGUGGGACAGACUCCUAGAUCAGAAUUUCCUUUUUGAUUUCGAAAAGAAGGCAGGACAACCCGACACGUUACAAUCCUUUUUAGCGGCGCUGGAAUAUCAUGAAUCAUACCAUGAUAUAGCACAAUUGAAAUGGCGGCAUGAGGACGGUGCAACAACGCGCGUGACAAUUAAACAUGGAGACGGAGAGAGUGAGGACUCUUUCUUCUGAUGAAAUGGAUCAAAUUUUGGGCGAAUUACAUGAUAAUGUGAAAGGAGAAAUAAGGAAUGUUUUGAAACAUUUGUGAUUGAUACGAUUGAAGCUAAUGGUUAUAUAAUUUCCACUUAGUUUUUAAGCUGGGCAGGCGAAUGAGACCAAUAAGCUAUGAUUCCGACGUCAAGCUCGACAUAAUUAAGCUCGUCACUUUCGAUUCUGUAUAAAGUAAGACACAGUAUAAACAAAUCUCGAUGAGACAGCUUCCUUCAUCAGAACUCCCCGAUGGAAGAGGAAAAAGAAAC